CACCACCACCACCACCACCACCUCCUCCUCCUCCUCCUCCUCAAUUCAUCACUCCGCCCUCCACGAACUUCACUCCCCCACUUCCUGGAUUUAUUACACUUUCAAUAUUUUUUUCCCGCAUUCUAUUCCUUCCUAUAGUCAUUAAAACAGAAAGGUAGACAGAUAAAACUCUCUCUCUCUCUCUCUCUCUCUCUCUCUCUCUCUCUCUCUCUCUCUCUCUCUCUCUCUCUCUCUCUCUCUCUCUCUCUCUCUCUCUCUACACACGUACUACUUUUUAAUUUCCUCUCUCCGCCCAAGGUCUCCAGUUUUUUCCCCUCAUAAACUUUUUUCCUCUUUGUUUUCUUAUUUUCCCUGCCGUGUAUUUUAAUCUGAUAUUUUUCUCUUUUUCAGUGUUUCUUUUUCUGGUCUGUCGCCUCUAUUGAAGUGAUUAUUUUCCAUUCCUUUAUAUAUUUUCCUUCAUCUCGUUUUUCCUCUCCUUUCCUUUUUCUUCCUUUUCCUUCCUCUAUAUGUAUUCCUUUAUCUCACUAAUGCUCUGACUUCCUAUGUCUUUCCUUCCUUUCCCUUCCUUUAUUUUUCCUAUCUCGCUCAUCUCCUUCUUUCCUUUCCUUUUUCUUCCUUUUCCUUCCUCUGUAUUCCUUCAUCUCACUACUCCUCUACUUUCCUCUAUCUUUCCUUCCUUUCCCUUCCUUUAUCUAUAUUUCCUAUCUCGCUCAUUUUUUUUCCUUUCCUUUAUCUGUAUUUCCUAUCUCGCUUUUCCUUUUUUUUCUUCUAUUUUUUUCUUCCUUUCCCUUCCUCUGUAUUCCUUCAUUUCACUUCUGCUCAACUUUCCUAUAUCUUUUCUUCCUUUCCCUUCCUUCCUUCCUUCCUUUCCCUUCCCUAUUCUAUUUCCUCGUCUCUCCGCUACUCUUCUUUAUUUUUUUCAUACAUUUUCUUUCCCUACAUCUACCCUCGAUCAUCUUUUGUUGAACUGUUUUUUUCUCUUAUCUCUCGAGUUCAUUUUCCUUUUUCCACUCCCUCCUGUCUCUUAUUAUCAUCCCUCAUCCUCUUCUUCUUUCAUCCAUACUUGGUUUCUGGUUAUAUAUUCCUCUUCCUAUUUAUUUCAUCUUGCCUAUUUUACUUUUUUCCCUCCUUCCUGGACUCACUCACAUAAUUUCCUAACCUAUUUUCCUCUCGUCUUUUAUCAUCAGUCUUAUUUCCUUCACUUUCCACGUAUUUUUUUCUAUUCUUUUCUUCUUUCUCUUCUCCUCGUAUUUCAUCUUGCCUAUUUUGUGUUUUUUCCUUCUUCCUCAACUCCAUUACCUAUUUCCUUACCUAUUUCCCCUCGUCUUUUAUCGUCAGUCUUAUUUCCUUCACUUUCCACGUAUUUUUUUCUAUUCUUCUUUCUUCUUUCUCUUCUCCUCGUAUUUCAUCUUGCCUAUUUUGUGUUUUUUCCUCCUUCCUCAACUCCAUUACCUAUUUCCCCUCGUCUUUUAUCGUCAGUCUUAUUUCCUUCACUUUCCAAGGUAUUUUUUCCUAUUCUUUUCUUCUCUCUCUUCUCCUCGUAUUUCAUCUUGCCUAUUUUGUGUGUUUUUUUCCUCCUUCCUCAACUCCAUUACCUAUUUCCCCUCGUCUUUUAUCGUCAGUCUUAUUUCCUCAUUUUCCAAGGUAUUUUUUUGUCUCUCUUCUUUCUCUUCUCUCUCCUCUCCUCGUUUUCUCCAGGUGUUCACAGGCGGACUCUGCCGUACGUGACACCGUUCAAUUAUACCUGGGGAGGCAAUAACCACCUCUCUCUCUCUCUCUCUCUCUCUCUCUCUCUCUCUCUCUCUCUCUCUCUCAGCAGGUAACACGUUGAAGUAUUACUGAUAAUCUCCUUUCUCUUACGCCUUUCUCAUAAUUUUCUCUUUCUUUAAUUUCGUUUUCUUUGUAAUUAUCGGCAUCUAUCGCUUGUUACGUGUUUUACUCUUAUUUCCUCUAUUUACUUUCAUUUUAUCUGGUUUAUUUAUAUAUUUCUAGUUAUCGUGUGGUGAGAAGCGUCCCUUAAAUUGUCUGUCUGUCUGCCUGUCUCCAUGUAUGUACAAAUGUGUGUGUGUGUGUGUGUGUGUGUGUCAGGGAGGCAGUGGCGGAGCGGUCAGUGUGUGGGGUUGGUGAGGCCGUGGCAUAGGUUCGAGUCCCACAGAAACACGCUGAUUAGUGGCGUAAGAUUAGUCACAUGCUGCCCAGACCUUCACUCAACCCUAGCUUCAGCGACUUCGUUCCAGUGGCGCACCGGGGGGCAGCAUGGGCCACGUAAGAGACAUUUAAAUAAGGGAGAAUCAGAUGGAGAAAGUUGAGAGAGAGGAAGAAAAGGGAGAAAAAUGCAGGAAGGAAGAGGAAGAAAGAGAGGGAGAGUCAGGGAAGGGAGGGUAAAAGGGAGAAAAAUGCAGGAAGGAAGAGGAAGAAAGAGAGGGAGAGUCAGGGAAGGGAGGGUAAAAGGGAGAAUCAGAUGGAGAAAGGUGGGAGAGAAAUAUGGAAAGAAAAGGAAAAAAAGAGGAGGGGGAGCCAGGGGAAGGGAGUCAGUGAGGUAGGGAAAGGAAAUUAUACCACGGCAGCCACUAUAAAUAAAUACAAUUUGCCUAAGCUCCUAACGGGCCAGGAUCACCCAAGAGACCCCUUAAGAGAGCCUAACGGCGUUAUGGGCAGAACCUAAAAAAAUAAAAUAAUAAUAAUAAUAAAAUAAAUAAAAAGAAAUCUCUCUCUCUCUCUCUCUCUCUCUCUCUCUCUCUCUCUCUCUCUCUCUCUCUCUCUCUCUCUCUCUCUCUCUCUCUCUCUCUCUCUCCAAUCGGCUUAUGCAGGAUGUAGGUGAAUCUUCCAUCCAUGGCUCGGGGCUGUGUGCUGAUUAUUAUUCACCGAGACGAACUCAGUUAAGAAAAAUAAAGUGAGUGAGGAGUGUGAAGAUAUGUGUUGUUGUUGUUGUUGUUGUGAUGGUGGUGGUUGUGGAUGUCUUUCUUGCCUCCUUUCCUAGUAAUUAAGUGAUUGUGCGCUCUCUCUCUCUCU